AUGGCGCGACAUGACGACGCUAAAAGCAAUCCAAAGCCUCCCUUAGGGACAUCUAACAAGCGCGCCGGUGCCGAUGACGACGAGGAUGCCUUCUCUCGAGAUCAUGUUCGUAAGAAAGGAAAAAUGGUAUUUCCGACCGACCUAGCUGAAACGAAACGCGGAUCGUCUGAUAUGGAAAUACCGACAAACACACAGGUUUUGCAGCCGUCUACUAACCAUAACGCGUCUGCAGACCAUGGUUCAUUGAUCCGGACUGCACGUCUGCCACCCUUGCACCUUCCUCAGGCGCGGACGAAGUACAGACCUAAUGCAAAUUGCCAGAAGAGAGGCGCGUCCAGGCCAGCGGUUACUCGUUCUACUUCCUCAUGCCCGGACAAUGGUCAGGUACUUGGUACGAUCGCA